AUGAGUGGAAUUGCAGACAAGAUCAACGAGCUCGUCGCGAGCGGCGAGAUCGCCUCCUUCGGAGAGUUGAGAGACAUCCGCGACUACUGCCGAGAUGCAGAACAAUUCGUCAGUGACAUCCGAGAGAUUCUCGAGGAUUCCCCUUCUCCCGACGAUUUCCGAUCGUUCGGCGCCACUGCUGUUUACCUACGACGCGAGGGCCGCCGAAUCGCCAAUCGACUCUCCGAUGAAUGGUGGCGAACCCAGCCUCGACGAACUCCUUUCGGAGCCAUCCGACAAGCUGUCCUGAAUCUGCACCUUGAGGUGGAGCGAUGCAUUGCGCAAGAUCUCCCCUUUUCUAUUCGCGCGUAA